AUGGUGGAUUUUGCAUGCUCAUUGAAAAAGGCUAUUGAUCAUGGCAGUAUUGAUGUUGUCAUGACAACAGAUGCAUCUUUACUGGGAUGGGGUGCCAGCAAAGGGCAAACGUCUGUUGGUAGACAAUGGUCUGAAGAAGACAUCGUCUACUCGUGGCUGAGGAAAAGGGAAGAAGAUUCCAUCAUCCUUAUCCAAAACUGA